AUGAUCUACAUACUUCUAGUUUCUACUUCAUUCAUUAUUUCUAUCCAUGCUUACGGUAACUACCAUACCCCACCAAGCUAUCAGUAUUCUGGCUACGGUAACAACGCCUAUUACAGUAACGGCUACUACAGUAAUCCAUACUACAACUACCGUAAACCUUAUCAGCAAAUUUAUCAACAGUAUCCACAGUAUCAACAGUCCUACUAUCAGAAUUAUCAAAAUUCUUAUCAUAUUCCCAAAACUAUGCUCCAGCUCCUCAAUUCACAUCACCAUACGCUGUGCUCGACAGGAUUUUGGGAAUCCCGCCCCCUCAGCGUAGGCUCCGCCCAUAUUAUGGGAAAGAUCGAUAUAUUGGAAAUGGGAUCCACGUGGAUUCGCAUGGAAAUGGAUAUAUGGGUGAUAAGGAUACGGGAUUGUACAUUUUUUGCUCGUCCAGAGGAUGUGUUGGCAGAGGAUAAGGCAAAUUUGGAGAGGAUUACUGUAGAUUUGCUUAUUUAA